CCACACUGAAAGCAGUCUAGAGGCUGCUCUGCGAGGCAUUGGGCUAAAACACACUACUGUAUCUGGACACCGCCAAUCUCAAUCAUGAGCAGUGUAGUCCAGAACCCCUACAUCGGACGGACUGCAACCGGUCGGAUGCCAAAGCCUGGGGGCAGUGGAAGGGCGCCACCUGGGGGCCGAGACAGCAGUGGCAUAUGUCGAAGCAGUAGCAUCAGCAGUGCAAAUGGGGGGUCUGGCGGAAAGAUACUUUCCCUGUCAUCCAUGAGUGAGAGUUUGCACAGUGGCCUGAGCUGUUUCUUGUCAGAGCAAGCCCUGGAGCAGGAGGAAAAGCAGCAGCGCAGCAGCCAGUUAGCAGAGUUUCAGCGCCUGAGAGAGGUCCGUGCAGCUGCUCAGCUCAAAAAUCUGGAAGAUUUUCUGAGGAUGAACCAUGUUUCCCUCAGGGACAGCAUGUCUUACUCUACUGGCAUGAGUUACAGAAAUCUUGGGAAAUCGGGGCUAAGAGUGUCCUGUCUUGGAUUAGGCACGUGGGUUACCUUUGGAGGCCAAAUAAAGGAUGAGGUAGCAGAGGAGCUGAUGACACUGGCAUAUGAAAAUGGGAUCAAUCUGUUCGACACAGCUGAAGUUUAUAGUGCUGGAAAGGCUGAAUCUGUCUUGGGAAGUAUCAUAAAGAAGAAGGGAUGGAGGCGUUCCAGUCUAGUCAUCACCACCAAAAUCUUCUGGGGCGGAAAAGCAGAAAUGGAAAGGGGAUUGUCUAGAAAACAUAUAAGUGAAGGUCUACAGGCAUCACUAGAGAGACUUCAGCUGGAGUACAUAGAUGUUGUUUUUGCGAAUCGACCAGACCCUAACACUCCAAUUGAAGAGACGGUGAGGGCAAUGACUCAUGUGAUCAACAAGGGGAUGGCUAUGUAUUGGGGGACAUCACGAUGGACCUCCAUGGAUAUCAUGGAGGCAUACUCGGUGGCUCGACAGUUCAACCAAAUCCCACCCAUCUGUGAACAGACAGAGUAUCACAUGUUCCAGAGGGAGAAGGUAGAAGUGCAACUCCCUGAACUCUUUCACAAGAUAGGCAUUGGAGCUAUGACAUGGUCUCCACUGGCCUGUGGGAUCAUCUCAGGGAAGUAUAACAGUGGGAUCCCGUCCUAUUCACGUGCCUCGCUUAAGGGAUAUCAAUGGAUGAAAGACAAGGUCCUGAGUGAGGAGGGGCACCGGCAGAAGGUGAAGCUCAAAGAGCUGCAGGCAGUUGCUGAGCGACUGGGUUGCACUCUGCCCCAGCUGGCUAUUGCAUGGUGCCUGAGGAAUGAGGGGGUGAACUCUGUCCUGCUGGGAGCUUCCAGAACGGACCAGCUGAUGGAGAAUAUCAAAGCAAUUCAGGUUCUGCCGAAGUUAUCUCUGUCCAUUGUAUCUGAGGUUGAUAACCUCUUGGGAAACAAGCCCUAUAGUAAAAAGGACUUCAGAUCCUAGGAGCAUUAGAGCUGAGCUGUCGUGCUAUCCUGCAGCCAGCCAAUGAGAGACAGCAACCAUAUUAGCAAUAUGUAAAAAGGUGAAGCAACAAGCCAAAAGAAAAAAUGCUGCUUUGCAUUUCACCAAGUCAAUGCACUGUCAAUCUACUUUAAACAUUUGCACUUAUUGCCACUUAAUAAUUGGUAAGUUGUAUAAUAUGCAGUACUUGUUUUAGUAGUUUGUGUGUUUCCACGACCAGCAGAGCCACUUAAGCUCUAAAGAAAAUAACUGAUGGUUCAGAAAGUAAGGCAGGCUUCAUCACUAUCUGCCUACUGCUGCCUCAGCAGCACAUUAAACACAUGUUGCACAAGACCUGAAAACCUACAAAGCAUUAGGGUGUGAUGGAUGAGCCCUUUCAAUGUAAUAACUACAUCUAUAAUAAUUUUAUAUUUAAACCUUUUAUGCUCUUAACCUUUUUCUUUUAUGUUUUUGACACUCUGCUCACUAUCUCCAAUUGCAGACUGCGGUUUCCAAUGCAUGUUGGCAAUUAAACCUGAUACAACCCAAAAAUAUACUACUUAAAAGAAUUUGCCCAUUUGAAACUAAUGCACCAGCACUGGUAAAACAGUGGUUUAGCUGAUUUUAAGGUACCUGCAUGUUUGCAGGACAUCUGAUGGAUAAACAACACAUGCUGACUUAUUAAUCGUUACAGCACCAAAACUGAACAACUAUUUGUUAGCAUGUUGAAAAGUUGUCCAGACACGUUUUGUAAAAUGUCACUAUUACAACAUUUCAUUGUUUGUCCUCGUGGUAACCACUUGCGUGAGAUCCUUUUCCUGUAAAUACUACAGAUACUUAAACAUUUGUCAUUGCGCAACAAUAAAAACUAUUGAUUUUAAUGACGUGUUAAAUUAUAAAUAUUGUUUUUAUUAUAUGUUAGUACACCAUUAUAUUUAUUUACAUUAAUGUAUUUCAAUGUCAUGUGCAUAAAAAUAAAGAAAAUAUUCUGUCUUUUAACCGUAAAAUGACUUAUUCUUCCUUUGUGCCCACUUGAUUAUUGCAAUGGGAUUCUCUCCCUUUUGAACUUUGAACCAUUUCACUACCUGAUUUUACCCUUACCUGAUACGCUUGCUCUUGCGCUUGACUCAGAGCGCGGAUCUCGAAAACACUAUUUUAGAGACCCCCCAACAUUUCCCAAAUCAUGUUUUCGGGGGGUCUCGUGUCAGUUUCAGGGGGUCUCGGAUCCCCCGAGUCCCCCCGUAGUUCGGACACUGGCUAAGAGACAUUUCAGAUUUGAGAAAAAUACAAGUUUGUAUUGUUAAAAUUGUUAGAAGGAAAAAAACAACAACAAUAUACACUAUAAAGACAAAAGUAUUGGAUCAUCUACACAUUACACCUACAGGAGCUUUCGUGACAUCCCAUUCCAAAUUCUUAGGCAUUAAUACGAAGUUUUUUUUUUAAAAAUGUAUGUUUGGUAGCUUCACAUAACUCUCAUAAUGACACAUCAGAAAUCGGAACAGCCCCCCUGAUCUGGCCUUAUGUCUGGUAUGAUUGCACAUUGGUCACUGAUACUCAGGGAGACAUCAGGAAUAAAACAGCCUAAUCUUCGAUCAGUUCACCCGGCUUCAUGUUUUGUUUCUAUUCAUUUUGAGCUUCAGCCCCCAGGCUUUA